UGAGAGCUCAGAGGCACUUCCCGAGACUUCUGGUCACCAUGAAUGCUCUCCUAACUGCAGUUCUGUGUCUGUGCACCCUGGCAGCUUUCUCUGACUGUGUCACAGUCCAGGUGGGAAAGUUCUCAUUCUCCCUGGAGUCUGUGAAGAAGCUGAAAGACCUCAUGGACAGUUCUGUGACCAGGAAUCCUCAGCUGCUUAGUGCCAGAUCCGCCCCUCUGUGUGCCAGCCCUGACCUUCCCAAGGAGUUCCUGAGUCUCUGUGACACACCAGACGCGGACCAGAUAUUUCAGGAUUUACAACCCAUUGCAAGUUCCCCCGAGCUUUGUGAGAUUUGUGCUUUUGCUGCAUGUGCCGGCUGUUGAAGAGAGUCUUCCUCAGCCUCCAGCCCUGGGAGGUAUUACAGCAGCACUGCUCCAGCGCCCUCCAUUGCCCUUCAACCUCUGCUUUCUGCUGACCCGAGAAGACAAGACAGUGACACUAUGACUCCCUCCAUCUUCUUAACACCUCUCCCUCAUGGCAGCUUCAGUAUUGCUAUCACUGAACAUUGAAAAUCAUCAGCCAGACCCCACCUCACAAAUAAAA